AUGCGCCGCAAAGACAUCUCCACAGAGAAAGCAUUCAUUUUGCGUGGCAGCCCCCGAUCGGCUCAGACAAGUUUAGCGACGCCUUCGUCGACCAAAGAAGUCUUGAGGGCGAGCACACUGGACCCUGAAACAGGGUCCGACCCUGAGACGAUUCCCGGCCUUUUUCAUUCAAGAGGCCUGCAGCUGCAGCAUGAGCACCAUGCUGUUCAUCGCUUGUUUCAUCCUUGGAAUUCUGAUACCAUAGGUGUGGUGCUUCUGGCCUUCUUUCUCGCAUCUCCGCGAUCUGAGCCUCCUGCGCCCCAGAACGGACGGGCACUCACUGGACCGGAGGGCUCACCUCGCCGGAACCCAAGUGCCACAGUCGCAGAGGUCAUCGCCGCUACCCUGGGAGAGUCCGGCGUCCGGACAGAAGCAUUCGCCAAAUGGCCGUGGACACCGGCAACUGCGUACAGACUUCGCAAGGCCGAGUUACAAGUAGCAGGCUGUGCCAGCUCCUUCUCGGGGUGCCUGUAUCAAGGUCUUGCCGGGCAACUUCGCUUGAUGAUCGAACCAGAGUUCUGCUUGACAGGAACAAAUGCAACACUCAAUGCGUCCUGCCGCUCUUACAUGCCAGAUCCGACUCAAAUUUUGCCUUGCGCGCUAUGGGGCAUUGCGAGGGCGAUCAGCCGGUCUAUGGCCUGGCUGUGA